AUGGCUUCAAUGCAAUACUUGGACCCUCAGGGCCUACUACUCCGCCAAAUAGACUCGCUGGUCCUAGAAGCCUCAGGUCUAUACCACCUCGAUGCCGACUUGGGUAACACCUCGGAACGCACCGACACACUAAACACCCUGAGCGGCCUUGUCCUCAGAGACCUGCACACGAGCAGAUUCAACAAGCCGCUCAUUCUACUCCUACUGACAAGCCUCGGGCAACAAGCCAAACUCCCACCGCACAAGAAGGCUGACAAAACAGGCCAGGCAUCGCCCCCAGGAUCCUCCCCGAAGGAGAAGGCCCUGGCGUCAGCCCACCACUGCUUCUUUGCAACAAGGACAACCCCUGGCCCCAUUACCGAUGCCGAAAGGCUAUUGGUUACCCUCCCACGCCUCUUCGGCCAAGCUCUGGCCCGAAACAACCAAACCGCCCCGGUUACCUCCCUCUCCGUCACCAUCAACCCCAGAGGCACCGUCUCUGUCACAGCCCCCCCCACCGUCCCAUCAACGGUCUACGCGCCCUUCUUCAAGGCCCUUACCACCAUCCUCAACGUGGAGGUGGCCACCCCUGAGAACCCCUUCACCACCUUCCGCCCCGCCCUCACCAACGUCGACCUCUCCAUCCACGGCGUCCCCCUCUACGAGCUCCCUAACCAGGAGUGCCUAGAGGAGAUCCUGCCCUCCGCUCUGAAGCUCGCCGUUGGGAUCACCCCAGCUGCCGUCUGGUUCCUAAACACGGACGAAAUCUCCCGCUGCUCCAAGGCCACCACCUCCGUUGUCGUUUCCGUAACGGCAGAUGAGGCAACAACCUUUGGCACCACCAUCCGCCUCUUCUCCCUCCCCAGACGCUGCAACUUCAUGUGGCGAGCGUCCCCCUCCACCAAAUGCAGGAACUGCUGCAAACUCGGUCACGCCACCCAAGGAUGCAGGUCUCCCACCGCCUGCCCCCUGUGUACCCUCCCCCACAGAAUUCAGGACCACCGCUGCCCAGUCCCCUCAUGCAAAGGGGCAUCAGCACCUCUUGAAAACUGCUGCGAAAUCUCCCCCGCCAAGUGCGCUAACUGUAGCGGGGCUCACCGCUCCUUCACCCCAUCCUGUCCUAGCAGGAAACCCACCACCACCGCAAACCCCCCCCCUCAACUCACACCGCUAUGGACAUCUCACAGGACACAGCGCCCGCACCUCUCCUCGGUACUUCGGCCACGGCCCCCCUCAACCCUCCCCUCUCCUCUCACCCCAGCCUCCGCUAAGAGGCUCAUAUCUCCGUCCUCCCCUCACUUUUCUUGA